AUGGGAAGUGUUUGUAAUGGGGGAGACUCCAACAAAGAUGAAAUUACUCUAGACGUGACUGAACACCACAAGAAGGCUAAGUCCUCUUCUUCAUCUAAGAAGAAGGACAGAAAAUCAAAGAAAUCUAAGAAGGAAAAAAAGCAGAAGAAGUCGAAAAAGCAUGCUAAAGGAACAGAAGCUCCUGCUGAGAAGCCAAUCCAGACGAAUGAUACAAUCCCUACAGAGACUUGGGAUGACAACGACUUUGAAACUCUUCUGCCUUCAAAGAAGAGUUUUGAGAUCACCACUGAGGACAAGGAUCUUAAGGCGUACACUAAGGACAGUAGGAAGAAAGCUCUGGAAGUUGCCCAAGACUUAGACAACAUUGAGUGGGACUUAAAGCAAAAUAAAAAUGGAGUCCAGAUCUAUUUAGGCAAAACUUCAGGUGAAGAAAUCUUCCUCAGAAGGGAGGCUGAGGUCAAUGCUAAUAUAGAAACAACGACUGAGUAUCUCAAAGAUUAUGAGCUAAGAGUCAAGCUGGCUGAUAGAAUUGAGAAAGUAGACCUCGUUGAGUCCUACGACUCAACAUCUGAGCUUUGAUAUCAAAAGAUGAAAGGAAACCUGAUCUUCAAAGCUAGAGACUUUAGCUUCUUCAGUAAAAUCAUCGACCUGAAGAAUGGAGAUAGAGCCAUUAUCGAAUACAGUGUAGAAAAUGAUGCUAUUCCUGAAACGAAGGCUGUCAGGGCUGAGCUAGAGAAUCUCUGUUGGCUUAAGAAGAUCUCUGACACUGAGACUGCCAUAAUUCACCUCAUGCAUAUCUUUAUCAAGGGGAAAGUACCUGGAUUUGCCAAGAGCAUGAUGCCUAAAAAGCACCUUCAGGAGUUUACUAAAUUAAAAGAGAUCAUUGAGUCAGGCUCAGAGUAGAUAUAGAGAUGAACGUGACUUUUUGCCAAAAAUAAUUAUUU